AUGCAUACUGAAAGCAGGACAAAACUACUUGUCCUUGUGACACUAUUUGUUUCUUUCUUACAAGGAACAUCUGCUGCUUCGACUCAUCGGCGGUACCGUAGACAAGUUCCUCAAGAAUGGGCACAUGCUAAGGAAGUAAAUAUUGUUGAUAAAAUGCUUAAGCUUAGUAACCCUUUGGACAUAACACAUCCAAUUUUCAGUUUACUGGGGAAUGAGGCCGCAUCAAAUGGGACGGGGAAGCUCGACAAAAAGCACCUUGACUGUUUCCAGAAGAUUGUGGCUGAUCAAGCGUUCACGAAUGCAAAGAAGGCCGGAAACAAGGAGGGUCAGGAGGCUGCUAUAAUUUUUGCGUCAGUCGAAAAAAACACCAAGACAGUAGGCGUGGCUAGUGUUCCUUGUAAAAGUAAGAAGAUGGUAAACCCUGAGAUUGAGAGAUUGAUACAGCAUCAGGAUGCUGCGUCUCCAGGGGCUGCUGAAAAUAACAAGAAGUCGGCCUUAUUGGCUGCUCUUUCCUUGAAGGAGAUAGGAAGCGACCCUAGCAUAUCUCUGCGUACUGGCACAUUCAAAGCUGGAGACACCAAGAAUACCAAUAAUGGUCGUGGUAACAGUUGUGAUGAUGAGAAAGACACCGAGGGUUGUAUCUUUACUAAAAAGGCUCUGGUUGAAGAUGUAACAAAAGCAGAAAUCGAUGAGUUUGUGCAAAAGCAUGCUGGCGGAUCUGGGGAGGAGAAAAAGGAUGUCACCCAAUUCAAUAAGAAACCCGAUGGUGCGGGUGGUAAAGAUGGUGAUGUGAUGAAGAAGGAUAGCGCAGCCGAAAAGUUGGGCGGAACAACUACGAUUGUUGUAAAAGAAGACAAGGAAAAGACCGCUGCCUUGAAGGAAACAGCCAGCUUAGCAAGCACAGCUGGCACAGGAGAGUUAAAAUUGAUUGAUAAAAGUGGCCCUGAAGACGAAGGGACUAAGGACAACGAUGUAACAGUCAAGACGGAUGGCACGACUACCCAGGUGGAUAGCAAGCUUGCCACCGCAGAGGUCGCUGAUAAAGGAGCAGGUGAAAAGGAGAAGGAAGAACUGGCACAGAAGGAGAAGGAAGAAAAAGCAAAGAAGGACAAGGAAGAACAAAAAAAGAAGGAGAAGGAAGAACUUGAAAAGAAGGAAAAAACAAAGAAUGAUAAGACAAAGAAUGGAAAAGGAAAGAAUAAAAACAAAAACAAGGGAGGUGACCCAAAAUAA